GCUCAGACAAUCGAGCUAGGGUUCCCUCAGAAUGGGGCCCAAUUCUCCCCCGGUCAGACAGUGGCCGUUCAGGUUAUCAGACCGACAUCCAUGGCAUCUUGCAUUCAGGUUGGCAUUGCCUUGGCAAUCAAUAACUGCGCAAACGGCUGCCCCCACCCCGCAGAUGCGUUAGGAUCCGUACUCUAUGCAGGCCCCUGGACACCUCAGAACCCCCUUCCUGGUGGUUACUACCAGAACUUUACCGUCACUAUCCCCUCUUACCUUGCAGUGGGUCCUGCUAUCUUCACGCUCACGCAUCUGUGUCUUCUUGGGGCGGCUCCAUACCCGUUUCUUGAAUAUCGCAACGCGACGGUAAACAUU